AUGGGCCCGAUGCGUCCCACCAAAACAGGAAGUUUUUAAGAGUUACGGGCUAGCUAACUAGCCUGCGGAGUACACACGCAAAUGUUCAUGUUUUCACGCACUUUCGCACCGUGUGGACUAUCUGUCAGUGCCACGGAGGACACACGGACAGCUUAGCAACAGAUGUGAGUGAAUGUGUUCAUCGGCGUCUGUUUGCGGUUGUCAGGCUGAAGAUUAGCCGACCAGCUAGCUCGUAAGCUAACGCCAGCUUUAAUACCUGUCACAGGGUUUCUGCGGUGAGUUACAGCGCUGUCUGUUUGUGCUUGGUGUCUGCAGUGUCGGGCGGCACCGUAACAUGAAGUUAUGGAGGAGCGAAAGCUAAAGAGAAAGAGUCCCAGGACCUCCAAUAGCACUGCGGCUCCGACCGGUGGCUCUGGCCGGAAAACAGGCGCCUCCGCCGGGGGACGGCAUGUCGGCUACAGCCAUAACAUGGGAACUCACUCGAGCCAAAAGAGCAAGAGUCGGAGGGCGGUUCGAGAUAAAUCCAAACAUCAUCUGGGUUUGGGUGCUAAAGCUAAUCAGAGCCAAGGCCAGGCAGCACCCACCAUCCAGCACUCCUUUCUGACAGAUGUUUCAGAUGUGCAGGAGAUGGAGAAUGGCCUGCUCAGUCUCCUCAAUGACUUCCACUCAGGGAAACUGCAAGCAUUUGGUAAUGAGUGCUCCAUUGGCCAGAUGGAGCAUGUGAGAGAGAUGCAGGAGAAGCUGGCGCGUUUGCACUUUGACCUCUAUGGCGAGGUGGACGAAAUGCCUGAGGACCAGAGGAAAAUGGCCUGCGACACCAACAUGGACAAAUUACUUCUUAAUCUUGAGGAGCUGAGUUCUUCUAUUCAGAAACUGAACCUAGCCGACUCCCAAGAGAUCCCGAGGACUGCCAGCGUGUGAAAUCUCUCCUCUCAUCUGAACCCCCAUCUGACUCGGGCUGUUUGUUUUAUGCCACCUAGAUGGGCUGCAAAGGAUAAGGUGGAGUUGAAGCAAACUUGAGGCACUUUUAAGUAUUAUGGCAUAAAUAGCAACCAAGCUGUUCACCAGCGUUCCCUGUCUGUACAGGGUGGAUGGAUGUAUUGUAAGAUGUCCUAACAGGGAUGCACUGACAGCCUAAAGACAAUAUAUUAUGUAUGAUAUUAUAUUAUUAUAGUGUGCGUUACAUAGAGGAAGUAUUAAGAUCUAUAAGAUGAUCUGACUUACAUUACAGUUUAUAUAUAUAUAUAUAUAUAUCGGCAUCGGUGUAUCCCUGUUGUGGCCUGUUUUAAAGUCAAGUUUGUGUCAGUUCACUAAUUUCCCAACAGUAUAGAUUUGCAAUACAUUGCUAACCAAAGUGAUAUUUAUAUGACGCACUCACAAUUCACAGGUCUGUCGGUGUGUGUUUAUGGGUCUUUGUUAAAAGUGAACUGACUCCUAACUUACUCCUUUUAGCAAUUUUUUAAGAUAUAUAUAUAUAUAUUAUAUAUAUAUAUAUAUAUAUAUAUAUAUAAAAACUCAUUCUGUUGCACUUUGUCUUAUCUAUCAUCAUAAAAUCAAUCCGUGUCUGUAAUGUCAAACAAAAGACCCAGAGCUAAACAGAAUAUAGAAACAGAAAAUAUGUUUAGAAUUGUUUCUCAACACAAUCGUAGAUCUUGUCUUUGAGACAAUAAAAACCUAUAAAUAUUCCCUGAUUAGAUUUAAACUGUAGUUAAAUUCAUUCAAAUCGGCCAAAACAAUAAUACAACGUACAGUGAGCUGCGUGUUACGGGUAAACAAAAAACUAAGCAGUGACCCCAGUUAGUGGUUUCUUGCUCCGUGUGAGUAGCCUGAUGUCGUCUCCAGCACCUUGCUUAGUGUUGAAUAUAUUUGCACAUAUCCAUUCAAAACGCGGGACACACUGCACAUUAUUCCCCGGUGUGUUAGUUAGACGCUGGAAAAGAUUGAUCCAAAUGUCGACGUCACAACCAUGCCUUAAUUUCUUUGAUUUAAUCAUUUUUGCCUUAUCGGUUUUAACCUUUUUAAUGGACUCACAUGGAAUGAGGUUUGGAUUCUGUGUUUUAAGAUAAUCAUUUGAUGCUGCUUUGAUUGUAAAUCCUACUUUAUUUUGUGACUUAUUUUAACCAGUGUUGUUUGGGGGGGGAUGUGGGACUAUUUUGAAGUGUUUUAACUGUUUUUAUUCACUUAAUAAAUGUGUGGUCUGAA